GAGUGCUUGGCAAACGCGCGCAAACGCGGACGCGCGCACUCCAAGGUGUGGUUUCUUUGCGAAGCAAAAGCGCGCAGCUUCCGCCUAUUCGCAGCAGACCCAAUUGUGCGCCCCAGGAGGACAAGGAAGCCCGCACGGUCUGUCCGAGAAACACGCAGACCUUUUUUUUUUUUUCUUUUUUUUUUUAUCCCUCCCAAAAAGUUGCAACCCCUCGGGGCGAGAUGAGCAUGUUCGGCGGUUCCACGUCCAGACUGGCCUCGAUGGGCCAGCGGAGUAAUUCCCGGCCGGACUUGUCGCCGUCCAGCUUCAGGAACGAGGUGUUCGUGUCUGGGAACGGCGUCCAAGGAGGGGACUACCAGAUGGGGGACGGCGGCUACACGUACAAAACCACCUACUCCAGGUCCUCCACGCACGGGGGCACCGGCGGGCGCAAAAUGCAAGUUAGCAUGGGCAGCGGCGGCGGCGGCGGCGGAGUGAUAAGUGUGGAGGACAUUCAGGAGAAAGCGAUGCAGCUGAAAGUCAUGAGUCAUGAGUACCUGCAGAGAGCAAAGAUGAUCCUGCACGGCGGCGGUCCGCCCGCCGAGGCCGAGAAGAUGCUGAUGAUGGCGGCCGACCACAUGGAGCUGUUGAGGACGUACGGCAUGGAGCUGCAGCAGAUGCGCAUACCCAACGACGUCUUCGCCAGUGUAAACCAGCUGGAGCACAUGUACGGCGGUAUCCAACAGCAAAUGAUCGGCACCGUGACCAUCAAAUGGAACACGGCCGGCACGCUGGGCGCCACUGAGGGCGGGAGGUACUUUAAAGACGCCGUGGCCUGGAUUGGCCAGCAGAAGCGCAUGAUUCAGACUGCUCCGUGGGGGGAAGACUCAACCACUAUCGAAAACCAAAUCAUGAGCCACAGCAAAUUCCAUAGCAGUAUUCAAAGGAGCCAGGAAGUAGACCGUGCCCGGGACGAACUGGGCAUGAGGGGUGACAAGUCCAACCUUUACAUCAUGGAACAAGAAUGGGAGAGUCUGCAGAAAAUGUCCCACAACCGAGUGAAUCAGCUGCGCGAGCUGCAGAGCAUCAUCGAGGAGAUCUCCCGCGCCAUCAUGUGGGUGAACGAGAAGGAGGAGGAGGAGCUGGUCUUCGACUGGGGAGACAAAAAUAUCGACCAGUACAUCCCCAGGAAGCAAGAGAGCUACUCGAGGCUGAUGAAAGAUCUGGAGGAGAAGGAGAAGGAGUUGAACAAGCUCAAGCUGAAAGCGGACGGCCUCCUGAGCAACAACCAUCCAGCCUCGGAUAAGAUUGAAGCCUACAUGGACACCUUACAGACCCAGUGGAGCUGGCUUCUCCAGAUCACCAAGUGUAUUCAUGUUCAUUUGAAAGAGAAUGCAGCCUACAGCCAGUUUUUCAAGGAGGCGAAUGAGACCUACGAGAAGCUGAAAAAGGACCGCGAGAGCAUCCAGACCAAGUUCACAUGCAACAAGAACACCCCACUGGAAAACCUUUUGGAACUCCUGAAACAGCUGGAGAAAGAGAAGGAGCGCAUCAUAGAGAAUAAGAGACAGGUCAAAAGUCUGGUGAACAAGGCCAAGAAUAUUGUGAGGCUGAAGCCCCGCAACCCUGAGGAGCCGACAACAACCAGCAACCCUAUCAUGGUCCAGGCCUUGUGCGACUUCAAGCAGGACCAGAAAGGGAUCCUGAAAGGGAACGAGGGCAUAUUGAAAGACAACACGCAGCGCAGCAAGUGGCUCGUGACCGGACCAGGAGGUCUGGACAUGUUGAUUCCUUCCGUGUGUCUGCUGAUCCCCCCGCCAAACCCCCUCAGCAUCGGCCUCGCUAACAAGAAUGAGCAGUAUUAUGAGGCCAUCCUGGCCAUCUGGAAUCAGCUCUACAUUAACAUCAAGAGCCUCAUCUCGUGGCAGUACUGCGUCAAAGACAUCAACUACAUUAACUCCCUCACAUUCUCCAUGAUAUCUAAAAUGCGUCCCGAGGAGUACCGCAGCAUCAUCAAAAGACUGGAGACCCACUACCAAGAGUUCCUACGCACUAGUCAAGGUUGUGACCUUUUCGGGGAAGAGGAGAAAUUCAGCAUCCAGAACCACUUUGAUAAAGCCCAGACCCAUUAUGACACCCUUGUUAUCCAGCUGACCGGCCACAAGGAGGAAACCAAACAGGAGACAAGCAAACCCGCGCCUCCCAAAAUCCACGCCCUAAGCAUCGCACUGCUCAGCAGUCUGCAGGAGCUCCGGAGGAGGCUUGAGCUGGCCGAGUCCGCACUCACCGGCCAUCUGCACAUCUGCUCCGGGGAAAACAGUCUACAAGAGUGCUUGGUGCACAUCAAAAAACUGCAGACUGUGCACCAAGAUCUGGACUACAUUCACGACGAGUACUUUCGCCUAAGAGAGAAGAUUCUUAAGCAGCUCGAAGGGAUCCAUCCCGACUCCGAGCAAGCCAAGUUCCUCCACUCGGAGCUGGAAAUCAUCAGCCAGAAACUGGGAGGUCUGCAGGGUCUCUACUCGGCUUACAUCCAAAGACUUUCAGCGCUGAAGUCCUUGCUGGAGACUCUUCUCCAGGUUGAAGAUGUCGUCAAAGUCCACGAGGCCCGCCUGAUGGAGAAAGAGACCACCUCGCUGGACCCACGAGAACUGGACAACUACCAGAGCACUCUGAAGCAAAUGAAGAUUGAGCUUGACCACAAAAAAGACCUGCUGACCACGAUGGAGUCGGAGCUGGCCAAAGCAGUUCAGUGGAACAGUCAAGUCUCAGAGUCCUUCCACAGAUGUGACGUGGACUUGUCCAAAUAUGCGGAGCUGGUGGGUCAGCUGUCUGACCGCUGGGGCCGCAUUCUAACCCAAAUUGACACCCGAUUGUGGGAUUUGGAGAAUCACGAGAAGCAGCUGAAAAACUACCAGCAGAGCAGCACUUCCAUUGACCAGUGGAUAAACAAUGCCAGGAAGCGCCAGGACGGCCUUCAGAAUGUUAAACUAACUAACAUCCAGAUGGUCAUGGACUACCUCAACCAGCAGAAGAUACUUCACGGUGAAAUUAAAGGAAAGAAGGACAAAGUGGAGAGUGUCCAGAAAGAUGCGGAUAUCUGCGCUGCCUCCAUCCAGGACUAUGAGCUGCAGCUGUCUUCCUACAGUUCCGGCCUGGAAACACUCCUUAAUAUUCCCAUCAAAAGAACCAUGCUGAAGUCCCCUGCUACUGUUGUCAGACAGGAGGCAUCUGACCUCCAGUCCCACUACAUUGAGCUCCUGACUCGCUCAGGUGACUAUUACAAGUUUCUUGGGGAGUUGCUGAAGAACAUGGAAGAGCUGAAGAUUAGGAACACCAAGAUUGAGUUGCUGGAGGAGGAACUUAGGCGUCUGAAGGAGGAGCUCGGGGAUAGUGGCGGGAAAAAUAAGGCUUUGGAAGACGCCUUGGCCCGCCUCAAGCUGGAUCUCAGCCAGUCAAAAGACCGGCUCAUUUCUCUGGAAGAAGUGAAGAGAACCACAUCCUUUCAAGUAUCUGCCGCCAAGGAGAGCCUGGACAGUACCCACAGCCAGAUCCAAGAGCUGACUGACCAGCUCAACCGCAUAAAGUACCAACUGGAGGAAGAAAAGAGGAAAAAAAGGCUGGCCGAAGAGCGCUACACCAGCCAACAAGAAGAAUAUGAGGCGGCUGUUCGCCGCAGACAGAAAGAGCUUGAGGAGAUUAACUGGAUCAAGAUUGACUUGGAAAAGACUGUCAAGGACAAGGAACGUGAGCUUGAGAGGCUGAAGAUACUGCUGGAGGAGGAGGCGGCACGUCGCCGCAAUGCCGAGUCAGAUAUUUCAAAGGUAAGAACACAGUGCACCCAGGAGAUGAAUCAACUUAAGCAAACAUACGAGACCCAGAUCCACGUCACCAAGACCACCGUCCUGAAAGCCUCGCAGCAGAAGGAAGAGGACUCGGCCGAGGUCCGGCGGCAGUACGAGAUACUCGCUGGACAGACGAGAGAUCUCGAAGAUGAGCUGCGCAGACUCAAACUCUCCAUCGCCCACGCCGAAGAGCAGAAAAACAGAGCGGAGAUGGAGACCAACCAGCAGAGGACGUCGUUGACUCAAGAGACUAGGAUACGGAGUGAGCUGGAGGUGCAAAUCAGGAAGUUCACGCAGCAGAGAGAUGAGGAUGAGCUCAAACUAAAAGAGGCUGCCAGAAAUAUUCAGGAUAAAGGCCGGCAGAUCAGCAUGCUUACACGUGAUGUCGAAGAGGAAGGGAAGAAGAGAAGGGCCUUGGAAUUGGAAAUCAAUCUCCUAAAACAAUCGGAGGAAGAGCUAAAGGCCAAGAACGUCUCCUGUCUGGAGACAAUUAACAAGCUUAAAUUAUCUCAGAAGGAGAUCCACAUCACCCGAGUUGAGCUGGAGAAGGAGACCAGUGACCGGAACAAGGCAGAGCAGAGCGCUGUGAGGCUCCAAAGCCGUAUCCGGGAACUACAAUGCUCUCUGGAUGCCAUGGGAGCUGAGGUGGAGAAGCAAAAGAAGGCAACCCAAGAGGAGUUCACACGCAGGAAGAGACUUGAGUCGGAGCUAGAGAGGGUGACACACACAUGCAAAGAGUACACCACCACAAUCACAAGCCUCAAGUCAAUUCAGCUCGAGGCUACAAACUUUGAAAGGAAGUACGAGCAGGAUCUCAGAGCUCUUCAGGAGGCUCGGGACAAGAGCCUCAGGGAGCACAAACUCACCAAAGAUGAACUGGCAGCUGUGAUCGCCGAGCUGAAGACCGUGAAACAGAAGCUUCACAAUGAUCAACUCCAGAUUGUGGAGUUCCAGCAACGCAAUGAAAGUCUGUACAAAACCAUCGAGGACAAAAGCCGCCACCUUAAUGAAUGCACCACUGAAAUAGAGCGUCUGAAAACUCUGACACAGAACCUGACAAAGGAGAGACUGAGGUUGGAGGAGGAGCUGAGAGCCCUUAGACAGGAGAGGGAUGAGCUGAGGCUUAGCAGGGAUGCUGUCGAUGGGGAAAAUGCAUCUCAGAUCGCAGCCUUGCAUGUCCAACUUCAGAGUAGCAACAAGAGGACAGCGGAGCUCCAAGCUCUCAUCAACGACCUGACCAAGGAGCGAGAAAAGCUUAUGGUCGAAAUAGACAAAUUCCAAAAGCAGUCUUUUGAGACAUCCAUCAUGGUGCACGAGUCUCAAAGCAAGUACAGUGACGUGCUGCUGGAGAGGGAUGAUUUGCUUUCAAAGCUUAAAUUGUUGGACCAGGACAAACACCGUCAGAAGCGCCUUGAAGAGGAACUGGCCCGUAUCAAACAUUCACUGGAGACUGAGCUUCGCAACAAGCAGCGCUUGGUCGAUGAGAAAAACACUGUUCUCAAAGAUUUCACUCUUUUGAAGAGCCAGUAUGAGCUGAAGGAGAGCCAGCUCAGGCAGUGGGAGUCAGACAGGUCCAAGACAGAUCAAGAUAGGUUGAGUCUAAAGAAGGAGAUUGACAGGUUGAUGAGAGAGCUUCAAAGUGUCGAGGAACGUUACAAGAGCAGGCUGUUGAGCUCCGAGAAGGAGGCGACAGAGCUUGCUCACAAGAGAGAUGCACUGCAGAGGGAGAUAGAGAGGUUGCAGAGGAGGCCAAGCACGUUGAGUAGACAGACCCAGACGGAUAUGAAGGUUGCAACAAUUGACCCCUCUAAGCUUGUAUUUGAUGGGGUGCGCCGCAAAGUCACAGCCCACCAGCUUUGCGACUGUGGUAUCAUCAGCAAGGCGACUCUAGAGCUGCUUCUGCAGGGGAAAAAGACAGUGGACGAGGUAGCCGUCGACAUCCAAGUAAAUCUAAAAGGUACAGGCAUUAUUGCUGGCAUGAUGAUAGGUUCCCAAGGGAAAAUGCCCUUCACCGAAGCCAAAAAAAGAAAUUUCCUCAGCCCAGAGAGUGCACUCAUGUUAUUGGAGGCUCAAGCAGCAACAGGCUACAUAGCAGACCCUGCUCUUAACGACAAGAUGCCUGUGGACACUGCUUGUUCCAGAGGGAUCGUGGACACAGAGGACAGAGACGUCUUGGUGAAAGCUGAAGCUGCAAGCGUUGGUUUCAAAGAUCCUUACACAGGUAAAGUGUUAUCUGUGGGCCAGGCUUGCAAACAAGGCCGAAUUGACAAGGAGACUGCACUCCGCUUAUUGCAGGCUCAGGAGUCUGUUGGGGGAAUAUUGGACCCUGUUCUCAGUGUCUUCCUUCCGAAAGAUUUAGCACUAGAUCGCAAUCUUAUUGAUGAGGAGCUCUACAGGGCUUUAAACAGAAGACCUGCCUGCUACCUGGAUCCAACAACAGGAGAAAAGACGAGCUAUGGUGACCUUAGGAGGAAGUGUACCGUGGAACCUGUUCAUGGUUUACUUUUGCUUCAUGGCCCAGAAAAACCCAUGACAGUAAAGGGUCUCCGUGGGGAAGUCACUGUGACAGAGCUUAUCCGUUCUGAAUUGCUUGAUGAAACUGAUUUGCAAAAGCUUAGAGAAGGGGCACUCACCAGCAGAGAAAUUGAGGAAAAGCUGAAGUCUUACCUCUACGGAUCUACCUGUAUUGCAGGGAUCUAUGACGAGGUCAACGACAGAAUAUGGCCCUUUUAUCAGGCAAUGAAGGAAGGUCUGCUUAUGAGGGGAACCACCUUGGAGCUUCUUGAAGCCCAAGCUGCAGCUGGCUUCAUUGUUGACCCAGUCAACAAUGUCUUUUUGACAGUAGAUGAGGCCACAAAGAGAGGCCUGGUAGGAAAAGAAUUUAAGAAUAAAUUGCUAUCUGCAGAAAGGGCUGUAACUGGCUACACUGACCCUGCCACAGGAAAGACCAUCUCCCUUUUCCAGGCCAUUGAGAAAGAUCUUAUUGAGAAAGGCCAUGGAAUCCGUCUACUUGAGGCUCAGAUUGCCAGCGGUGGAAUUAUUGACCCAAAAGAGAGCCAUCGUAUUGAUGUUUCUGUUGCUUAUAAACGAGGAUAUUUUGAUGAGGAGAUGAAUGAGAUCCUAACCUAUGAAGGGGAUGACACAAAAGGAUUCUUUGACCCAAACACAAAGGAGAACCUAACAUAUCUUCAGCUGAAGGAGAGGUGCAUCACCGAUCCCAAAACCAGCCUCGUACUCCUGCCUCUUAAAGACAAGAAGAAGGUCCAGACAUCACAAGAGAGCCGAAGUAAUGUCCUCCGCAAGAGGCGGGUGGUGAUUGUUGACCCAGACACUGGUCUAGAGAUGUCAGUGAGGGAGGCCUAUCACCGCGAGUUAAUCGACUAUGACACCUUUCUAGACUUGUCAGAACAGGAGUGUGAGUGGGAAGAAAUUACUAUCAAACAAUCAGAUGGCUCUACACGCUUGGUGAUAGUGGACAGAAAGACGGGGACCCAGUACGACAUUAAGGAUUGCAUGGAGCGUGGUAUUAUUGACCAGAAUUCCCUAGAUCAGUAUCGGGCCGGAACCUUAACCUUGACGCAGUUUGCCGACCACAUUUCCAGCAGAAGCAGUGGCAACGAGAUGACAAUUACAGCCAGCAGUGCAGAGGAUGUGAUUACCUGCAGCAGUCCCACCCUGGUCACACCGUCCUCUCCGACCGUUCGGAAACGCUUCAACAGUAUUUCCAUUACAGUCUCUCCCCCCGAGCUGUUUGAUGACCAGAGCCCAGUGGCAGCCAUAUUUGACACAGAGACUUUGGAAAAGAUAACCAUUCCCGAAGCAAAUAGAAGAGGGAUAGUGGAUACCAUCACUGCACAGAGGCUCUUGGAGGCCCAGGCGUGCACUGGAGGAAUUAUCAACCCUGCAACUGGCCAGAGACUAAAGCUACAGGACGCUGUCCAUCAUUGUGUCCUUGACGAAGCCAUGGCCAAUAAACUGAAGGCUGCACAGAAAGCCUAUCUUGGUUUUGAGGAUGUGAAGACUAAGAGGAGGAUGUCCGCAGCAGAGGCGGUGAAGGAGACGUGGCUACCUUACGAGGCUGGGCAGCGGUUCCUGGAGUUUCAAUACCUGACCGGAGGCCUGAUAGAGCCCGGCACUGGACAACGUGUUACCAUUGAGGAGGCCAUCCGCAAACGUUGGCUGGACGGCCUAGCGGCACAGAAGCUUCAGGAUACCCGCAACUAUCCGAAAAACCUGACCUGUCCCAAAACCAAACUGAAGAUCUCCUACAAGGAAGCCAUGGAUAGCUGCAUGGUGGAAGAGAGCAACGGUAUGAAGAUGCUGCAGGCCUCCUCGGUGUCAUCAAAGGGACUCAGCAGCCCUUACAACGUCUCCAACCCAGGAUCUCGGUCUGGCUCUAGGUCUGGCUCUAGAAGUGGAUCUCGGAGAGGCAGUGUGGAUUAUUCAUCUACAUACACCUACAACGUCUCGUCCAGCAACACAAGUGCCAACUAUUAAUUCUCCAUUUUAGUGCCCAGAACAGAUAAAACAAAUAAAUAAUAAAAACUACAAUCAGAACUACAGAUUUUUAUUAACUAUCUUACAGUUUAAACAUUUUCAAAAGUUUUUUGUGGUAUUUUUGAGAUUUUGGGAUCUUUAGAAUUGAAUAUGAUUCUGUAUUUGCAUGAGUGGUUUGAUCUGGUGUUUUGUUUUGUUUUUUAAACUUAUGCUUACUAUAAUUCACAGCCUUGCAUAAAUGCAUAUAUUCAUAACUCAUUUUAAUAUAUGGCUUUUUUUUUUAGAGUGCAGUCUUUUAUUUGAAAUUGAUUGUUUGCUUGUUUUGUCACUUGCGAUUUUUUGAUAACAGUUGGUUGUAGCUUCACUCUUCAUGUGUUUUGUUCUUAAGCAGAAAAAAAACUACAUUUAAAAGUUGUCUUCCAUUCAAACAUUGAUUUGGUUAAUUAAAAAAAUAUACUACUGCUACUAAAUAUUACUUAAAAGUGAAUGAAAAAAAUAAAGGUUUUAUUUCCA